AUGUCCAAGGCGGGAGUGACCCAGUUGCAGAGGCGGAUUGACGGCUUGCUUGCCUUCCUCCAUCCCCACUGGGACUUUGUGAAUUGCCACAUGGUGAACUACUUGACGGACCAGCAUUGGGACAACUUUCUACCAGAGACUUUAAGAAAGGAGAUUGCAGGGAAGGAGGAUGUGGACCUAGCCAUAGAGCAGCUCUUUUGGCAAGGUAGUGAAAAAACGAAGGCAUUCCCCGAGUGGAAAAGCUUUCUAGCCCAGGGAGAGCAGGAACGCUUGUCGCUCCAUCCAGAGCUGUUGACCAGUGUGGAGGAGCUCAUUGAGGGACCAGAGAACGCUGAUAAAUUAAGCAUUCGAGAGUUUAUGAGCGCCAAAAAGUGCCAUGAGGUGGAGUUAACCGCUGCUUUGGUGGAUCAUCUAGCGAAAAACUCGAGCCAGAAUUGCUGCAUUGUGGAUGCGGGCGAUGGCAAGGGCUAUCUUUCGUCACGCCUGGCUCUCCAGUAUGGCCACCGCGUGCUCGGCAUCGACGCCAAUGCUGCCAACACAGAGAACGCUCUGAGCCGGAAUCGCAAACUGCAGCGCGCUUGGAAUGGCCUCACAGAACGCGCCGAGCUGCAGAGUCAAGGCAUCACUCCCAAGAGGCGUGGCAAAAAGUCGCCCACCCGAGAUACCUCAAAGAAUGCACCAUCCUUGGAGAAUUACAAGACCACAGCCAGAUUUAUAACGACCGAGUUGAAUUUUGGCGAGCUGCUGGCCGAGCAUUUUCCUCAACUAGCAGAAAUAGCCAAGCCCAACCACAACAUUUGCCUGACUGGACUUCAUACCUGCGGGAAUCUGGCUUCCACUUGCCUGCAGGUAUUCCAUGCCCAAUCCGACUGCAGGAUACUCUGUAAUAUUGGCUGCUGCUAUCACCUGCUGAGGGAACACUUCUCCCAAAAGGAGUUCUUCGGCAACAAGGCCCUGAUGGACAUGCAAACGGAUUUUGGUUUUCCCUUAAGCCAGUAUCUUCGGGAGCAACAGGUCCGAAUGGGUCGGAAUGCCAGGAUGCUGGCGGCUCAAUCCAUUGAGCGAACCCUGGAUGGCAAGGAGUUGCCAAACAUAACACUAUACUACCGGGCUCUCUUGGAGAUCCUGGUUUGCCGCCAUGCACCGCAUUCAAAAAACGAACUGCAGGUGGGCAAGGUGCGUAAAUUCAAGGACUUCCCUGAUUACAUACGGAAAUGUGCCGCCAAAUUGGAAGCUCCUUGGCUGGCAGCCAUUGAAGAGGCUGAACUUCAGAUGCUCCUGCAGGAAUAUGCUAAGGAUAAGCAUUAUUUGGACUUGUUCUAUCUGCUGCGCAUGUCCUUUGCUCCGGUUCUAGAGAGUCUGAUACUACUGGACCGUCUGCUGUAUCUGAAGGAACUGGGCUACGAGCGCAGCUAUUUAAUCGACUUGUUUGAUCCCGUUAUAUCGCCCAGGCACUACGCCAUCGUUGCUAUAAAGCCACCUGACGCAUCAUCGGUCUUGACAUGAACACUAUAAGCGGGCUCUGAGUAAUCGUUAAUUUGAAUUAAACAUGCAAUGCCUUUUAUACAGAAUAAUUCAUUGUUGUCGUUUUUUAAAUAUUAGCUUUAUAUUAGGCAAGUUGUAGAAGGUUUCAAAAGAGAAAACUUUGCAUUUAAAUAAAGUUUAUAAAUCAUGA